ACCUACAGAAACUGGGACGGGGCACUACAAAGAUUUGGCAGUCGGGUGGCUUCCCUAUGUCUGCAACGACGACGACGUGCUUCCAGACCGCGUCUGGCAGCAUUCAAAUUGCAAGAGGAAAUAAAUCUUGGAGCAGCCGCUGCCAAUCUGUGCAGACAACACUGAGCUAGAUGGACCAAUGGACUGACUCGGGAGAAGGCAGCUCCCUAAUAUGUCUGGAUCUCUAAGGGCUUGGAGGAUUCGCGUCCUUAUUUGGCCCGGAUGUUGCCCCGCUGCCGGCCUAACGGGUAACCCGGAUGUUGUUCUUUCAGCCGUGGAGUUGUGUCAUGGCAAUUAUUUUAUGUUUGGGAUUAUAUGAGCCUGACGGACUCCAACCUGGGUAUUGGUUCACUAUAGAAAAUUGGAUAGAUACUAGCUGAACCCGCAUAGAGCAUCUGUGCGGUAGUUUAUUUCCUUUAUGAGUUUAGUUGGGAGAACCCGUUUGGCUGGUCCUCCCUUUGUAGCCAUGUUCCUCCCUCUCUCUCCCCGCCACAGCUCUCUCGCUCGCCCUCCCCCCCCCCCCCGCCAGCGGUCUCAGUUUCGCUUAGUCUUCAGGUGUAGUUUUUCUUCUUCAGGGCAGUUGUUUGUGCUCACAAUUCCCAGCAUUGUAGGCAAUGCUGGCCCACACAGUCCCUUUUUUCGGUGGGAUGACUGGGAGCUUUGGUUCCGCCCCCCCUUUUUUUGGCAUGGGGGGUCAGGAAAACUGUCUUGGGUUUUUUUGGGGGGGGCAGCAGCUGGCCCAGGCUGUCCCUUUGUGGUUUGUUUGUUUUUGAAGGGGUGACUGGGAGCUGAGGGUUUUUUGGUGGUGUGGGAGACUGGCUGGUUUUUUGGGGGGGAGGGGGGCGGAACAAUGGCACUGGGCUUUUUCCUUUUUGGUGCGGGAAGGUCAGCAGCGCGGCCUCACAGUCCCAACGGUUUUUAACGGCCCCUUACCUCCCAGCCAUUUUAGGCUUCAUUUGGUUCUCCGUUCCUCGUUUACCCACCAGCCGCCCCCUCUCUGUGGUCAGUUUCCUCUGCCUUUCCUUUUGUUCCUUUCCGGUUCCCCGGAGUCUGCAGAUGCCCACCUCCCUCACUGCCGCUCCCUCCCCAGGCGAUGGUUCCUCCUUUCCCCUCUGCCUUUCCUUUCUUCCUCGGUCUCUGGGGCCUGCCGAUUCCGCCUGCCGGCCUGCCUGCCUGCCUCCCUCCCUCGCUGGCUGUCGCUCCUUCCCAAGGCAAUGGCUUCAGGCUCAGGCAUCGGUCCGCACAGCUCCGGACGUAGUCCUCAACUCGGUCGUCUAUAAACGAAUUAAGAUUCUAAUCUACGGUUAGUUUCCGUUUACCCCGGAUGUUGUUUGUUAAGUCCUCUUACUUGACUGGUAGAGGCUUUCGUCAUUUUUUUUGGCCUUUUGUUCUCGUUGUGUGAGCCAUUUCAGUUUAACCCCAGAUACUGUUUUUCCCGACGCAAACAACGUUUUAACCCCACUCUUCCUGCUCUGCGCCUUUAAGAUUCGGGUGAUGACGUCAGUGCCGGAGAACACGUGGCCAAGGAAGUGAAGGCUGGGGUCAUGUGAUGGAAGCGGCGUCUUGCUCUCCUUCUCCCCCCUCCCGCUCGCGCGCGAGUCCCUGUAAACUGAGGGGGUGACAGCGCGAGGUCCCCCUCCCCCGGAGUGGGUGACGUAGAGGAGGAGGGGCGGGGGCUGUAACGGCCCUGGCGCGAGGCGCCUCCGCCCCAGAGAGGGGCCGGGAUGGCGGCGGCAGCAGCCGCGGGAGCGCCGCCGGGAGGGGGAGGAGCUGGGCCAGGAACAGGCCCUCAAGAAGAAGAAGAGCACGAAGUGGUUCGCGUGCGGGUCAAGACAGUGAUGUCCCAUGAAUGGUCAAUUCAGAUUUAGGCUGAACAGUGGCUAAGCUUCCUGAACCAUGGAUUGACUUUGGCAUGAAGUCUGAAUCAAGCAACUCUCUCCCAACCUGACUGACUUAACUGUUGUUGUGAAGCUAAAACCUUGUGAGAAAUGUGAAGGCUUCCUGCAGCCUGAAUUCCGCACUUUUGCCGUGGACCCACAGAUCACCUCUCUGGACGUGUUGCAGCAUAUCCUCAUCAGAGCCUUUGAUCUUAAUGGGAAGAAGAAUUUUGGCAUCAGCUAUCUGGGCCGAGACAAACAGGGCCAAGAGACCUAUUUGUCACUGCUGUCUGACUGGGAUUUGGGCAUGGCCUUUGCUGGUGCUUCGAAGCCUUACUUGCAGCUCAAGAUAGACAUCAAGCCCUCAGAAGAUAGCCCCCUCCUGGAGGACUGGGAUAUCAUCAGCCCCAAGGAUGUCAUCAGUACUGACCUGCUGCUGGUGGAGAAGCGGUCUCUGGCAGCAACAGCCCUGCCCUUCACUCAGUCCAUCAUUUCCCAGGUGGGUAGAACACUAUCAAAGGUCCAGCAGGCACUCAGCUGGUCCUAUGGAGAGGAUGUUAAACCUUUCAAGCCCCCACUGAGUGACUCAGAGUUCCACACGUAUCUGAACCAUGAAGGGCAGCUGACGAAGCCUGCAGAACUGCGUCUGCGGAUCUUCCACGGUGGAGUUGAGCCUUCAUUGCGCAAGGUGGUUUGGAGAUACCUGCUAAAUGUCUAUCCUGAUGGGCUGACAGGGCAGGAGCGCAUGGAUUACAUGAAGCGGAAGACCCGGGAAUAUGAGCAGCUGAAGGGGGAAUGGGGAGCACGGGCCAGCCCUGAGGACCUGGAUUUCAUCCGCAGCAAUGUGCUGAAGGAUGUUCUGCGAACGGAUCGCACUCAUCCCUACUAUGCUGGUUCAGAUGAUAAUCCUCACCUGACAGCACUACACGAUCUGCUGACUACCUACGCAGUGACACACCCCCAGAUCUCUUAUUGCCAGGGCAUGAGUGACAUCGCUUCCCCGAUCUUGGCCGUAAUGGACAAUGAGGCUCAUGCCUUCAUCUGCUUCUGUGGCAUCAUGAAACGCUUGGAGGGCAACUUCCAGGUGGACGGCGAAGUCAUGUCAGUUAAGUUCUCCCACCUCAAGCUCCUCCUUCGCCACUCAGACCCAGAGUUCUACUCGUACCUCCUCUCCCGCGGUGCCGAUGACCUCUUCUUCUGCUAUCGCUGGCUGCUGCUGGAACUGAAGCGCGAGUUUGCCUUUGAGGAUGCUUUGCGCAUGCUGGAGGUCACUUGGAGCUCUUUCCCCCCUGACCCACCUGAGAAGGAAGUGGAACUGGUAGGCCCACCAGCCCGGCCUGGAGAUAGCAGCCAGCCUGUCCGAAGGAGGCACAUGUUGCGUCCAGCUUGCAGCUUUGAGGCAGCUGGGGACCAACCCUGCCAAGGGGCAAUUUCUGAAGAGAAGGUGUUGGUGAAACAGUCUAGCUUUGGGGAAUUCAAGUAUUACAGUGCUCACAAUGAGGACAGUUCAGAGGAUGAUCCAUCACCUAAAUCUCAGCGAUUAGCAGAGGAGGAGGACUGUAGCAGUGAGCAGGACCCUUUGAUCCAGAUGCCUAACGUGGCUAAAUCUUUUUCUGCUCCAUCCCUCCGGGCCCUGACUCCACCGUCUCGGGACUCGGCUUCUUCUUCAACCAAUGGCAACGAGGAAAGCCAGUCAGAGGAGGAAAAGGGGGACUCGAUGGUCAAUACCCCUUCUUCUCCCUCCCGUGGACCUGCUGCUCCAACUCCUCCCCCUGCUGCUGUCAGCCUCCCACCCCCACAGGAGUUUGGCAGAGGCAACCCAUUUGUCCUCUUCCUGUGCCUGGCCAUCCUCCUGGAGCAUCGGGACCACAUCAUCAAGAACAACAUGGACUACAAUGAACUGGCCAUGCAUUUUGACCGCUUGGUCCGCCGACACAACCUGAACAAGAUUCUGCACCGCGCCAAGGCCCUCUUUGCCAACUACUUGCAGUCUGAAGUCUGGGACUCAGAAGAGGGAGAUGAGGCAGCAGCUGAAUCUCCUGCCACAUCAUGACCCCUCUUCUCUUGACGUGUGGGGACUGGUUCCCUGCUGCCAACAUGGUGCAAGCUUUGACACGGAAGGGUGAUUGAGUGAUCCUGCUUGGUCUUGGUUUUUCAGUGAUCUUCUUGGAAGCUGAUCUGAAGCUGCUAAGUUGGAUUGCCCCACUCAAUACACCUUCUGUGUCCAACGUACUCUGUUUUUAAUUAUCACUUUGUGCAGAUAACUUGGCACAGAUGUCUCCCCUGUCUCCUGUGCCUCCAACCCUUCCAAGUGCUGGUAAUCUUCCCAGGAAGAUGUAUCCUGGAGCAGCCAGGUUCUACCCAUUAAGUUGCUCUUUCCCCUCUCCUAGCCAAUAUUCCCCAUAUGUUUUUCUCUCUCAAUCCAUCUACCUACUUUAGUUCCAGUGUUCUCCUUAGAAUGUUGAUUGCUAAUUAACCAAGGUUGAUUUCUGAUCUAUCCCAGAACAUGAUCUUUUCUGUUCUGGGCAGGUUUUGCCAAAAUCAUCUUUAAUGCUGACUCUUGGUGUGACUAUUUCCUCUGUAAGGUGGCAGUUGGUGCUUGGCAAAAGCCUUGCAAAUGUGCCCCUUCUCAAACAGUUGCCUUUUAUGCUGAAUCAUUCAAAUGUUUUGGCCCAACUUUGGGCUUUUUUAAAAAAAAGCACUUUAUUUUACCUAAAAUUUAUUUGCUCCUCCUUUUAGUACUGCCUUUCUGUUUUAGCUUGAAAUCAUUUUUUAAAAACUGAACCCACAGCCUUGAGAGGGCGGGAAAAACAUGCUGGAUGUGUUUAAAAAUAAGCAGGCAACAUCUUGCUGCCCUUACAGGCUGAUUUUAAAGCCAAGCUGGUCCUUUUAAAAAACCUGGGCCAUCUCCAAGGUCUUUUAUGAACUAAAGGAAGUCAACAGUCUAGGAGAGGGGUGGAAGGGGAGAGUGAAUGGAGUGAUGAUGCCACAGUGCCCUUAUAGAUCUGUUUUUGGGUAAGUAAUCAUUUGUGUCUGACUCUCAUAUUCUAGCUAGUUAUCUCCCCAGCUGUGGGUGGUAUUGAAGAGUUGCUUGCUAUAAAACCACCAUUGUCUGGCUGAGUGGCAACUUAGAUUUCCAGUCCCUUUAGCUUGAUCAACAAAUUCCCCUAUUUAAAUGCAAGUACUUGGUGAGGUUUCCAGCUUCAUACAAUGGCUUCUCUAUACAUUAUUAACUUGUAGGGCAGGAUUGCACGGGAACGUGUUGCAACAAAUUCCAUUAUCCUGUUGGUGGAGAGACCUUGAGCUGUUUUUCAGCGAUGUGCAUUCCUCUGGUGUCAAAUAAUACUAUAUGUGUGUGGCAGUUGACUGCUUGGUAGAAGACGUCCCUUGAGUCUUUGAAUCGCUACUUUGGCUGGUUCUGAGCUCCAUGGGGAGUCAAUUCACCUAUACUCCAAUAUGAAAGCAGUCUGUUGGCAGUAGAUGUCUGUAUAGACUUUGCUGUAGCAUUUUGCCUGGAGGCUGUACUGAAUGCUGGUGAGUUGAAAGGGGAGUAAUAUGCACACCUUUUUCUAGGCUAGAAGUCGUGUUUCCUAAUUGACUUGCUCUGCUUCCUUUGCCACUUUGAUCAGGUGUGCAGAAAGGGGAAAUCAGCUGGUACUACUCAGCCAGGUCCCCUGAGGUCAGUAUUCUUGAAUCCAUAAACAACCUUGUCCAUUUGUUUCAACCCUAGUGGUUGGGGUUCAGUUCCCUUAGAUAGUUCCUGGGAUUGGUGGCAGAACAGUGGGGAAAGGCAUUCUCUCCCUCCCCAUCUCUUAAUGUUGGGAGGCAGCCAGUGUGCACACCCUUGCCUAUCCCACCCCCAUACUCCUCCAUAAACACACGUACCAGCCUUUGUGCUUAGCUCUCUGUGACUAAACUCUCCAGGCUGGACAGCUCUAAGGAGAGGAACUCGGAUGAGUAUGUAUUGGAGAAUGUGGGAUUGGGAAUAUUGGGCAAUCAUGUAUUUUCCACCAGAAAAGCAUAUGUACUGGCCAUGAGCAGGAAGCAAUAAGGGCCAUGUGUGAAGCUUCACAUCAGUGGUGAGCUAUUGGACAGCUUCCUGCAUUGCUUGGCUGCUGGCUUUGCUCCAUAGUUGUACAAAUCCCACCAGGCCUGGAACAGGAACAGUUGAAAUCAAGAUAGAUAAGAAAGAAACAAAGCACAGCAGGGUCAAAAUGUCUUCAGUGGAAGAGGAAUGAUCCUGACAAGUGUCUGUGCUUCAUUACGGGAGCGAGCAGGGGGAGACUUACUGUAGAUCCUUGAAAGGGAAAAUAUGAAGCAUUAUAUCCCAGCAUUAAUCACAGCUCCUUGUGGAUGGGAGUGACUUCUGUCAGGGAAAUGCCAUGAGGGGAAAGGGUGAAACCCCCUCUCCAUGCACUCCAGUCCCUCCCAAGUGGGGUGUAGGGAGCCUGACAGUUAUUUCAAAGAGAGAGAGGAGGGAUGUUAUGUCUAAUGUCUCAGAAAUGGCCACUAGAAGGAGCUGUAGCUUAGCUAAACUAUGAAACAACACCCUAUCAGGUUUGUGGAAACUUCUAUACUCUGACUAUUAGUGGUGGGAGAACUAGGGACUUUUAAAAAGAUUUGUUUAAACUUUUAUUCCAAAGGUUAAAGUUGCAAACCCGUCUGGAAGUUUGAAAAGGGAUUGGGCAUACCUAUAGUGACCAUAGGUUCCUUGCCUCUGACUGGUUUUUGUUCCUAUGGUAAAUAAUUGGGGGUUGGUGGAUGUUUCUAUGGAUGAGGAGCAUCUCUGAAAACUGGAGUUUUUAAGGCAGUUCCCUCUCCAGGCCGAAAGACAACAUCUCAUAUCCAUGUGAGCGUCAUGGUUGUCUUCUGCUUAAGCCAUCUUCUAACAUGUUGACUCAAAAUGACGGGGGGAAGAGUUGGUCUAGAUACUGUGGUUGCCUUAUGGAUUGCCAUCUUAUAUAGUGAAUUCCCCCUCAUCUUCAACUACAUCAUAGUAUGAGCUGAGUCCAACAUGUUGUAUGUAUCUGUUUUACUUAUAUCCUACACUUACAUGAGCCUCCCAGUGGUUUCCCAUCCAAAGGCCUAAAUCUGCUUCCACACUGCUGCAUCUUCAGAUACUCCCAGACUCUUCACUGGGUCACAAAGUUUUCAUGUUGUGCAGUCCACAUGAGUGGUGUUUUUUGGCAAGGAAUGGGAAGCCUUCAAUGUGAUGGCCUCAGUGUGUAUAAUUAUACCGGGGUGGGGGAUUUGCCCUGAGGAUACUGAUCCCUGUGGUCAUCAUAAAUUCAAGACAAGGUCUUAGUUCCUUCUUGUUCUCUGUUGUCAGUGCUGGUUGCUUGCAUUGUAGAGAGCCUAGGACAUGAAGACCAUCAUUCCCCUUAGGAUGUGGAAAUAACAUAGAGAGGGCCCCUAUUGAAGCAUGAGAUAGCAUUAGUGCAAUGAGCUCUAAAUGAUACAUCCAGGGAACAGGCAACGUUCCAUGCAGAUAUUCCGUGUGGUGACUAAGCAGGCUCUAAUUCUGAAGGAGACAGUAGUCUUAGGCAGAGGAGGUUGCACAUCACAAGUGUAGAGUAAAUUGUAACUGAUUGGAGCUGAGGUACCCUUCUUGCAUGACACUUUGGCAUGGAAGGCAGGCUUGUGCCAACUGGCAUUGGAUCUGAGAAGGUAGUGCUGUGUGGGAAGAGUGAGUGAAGAAACACUUAACCAGGACUGAAGGAUUAGUCUAACAAUGUAACCCACUCAUCCUUGGUCGUCUGGGCUGCCACUGAUCUCCUGGUCUCAAAGCAUCACUUGUGGGGUCAUAUCUUUAUGGGCACCCUCAUUACUUGGACCCUUUUUAGUUCUGAAGGAUACCAAAUGUCUUGCUUUCGUGACUUAAAAAUUAGCCAUGCAGUCCAAUAUGGAAUGCAACACGUGGACAAACCUUUUUAGUCCCAUCUUGAAUAUAUAUAUACACAUACACACACACACACACACACGGGGCUGUUGUGAAACAUUGAACAUGGACAGCAUAAGAUACUAGGCGGGGGAACAAAUGCUGCAGGUUUGCUCUAGAGCAGGGGAAGUGGAGUUGCAUAGUGGUGGUAAUGGUCCAAGCCAACCUCCUUUUGGAUCCCUGGUUUGUGUGUGAGGGGCUUAUGAUGUUGUUUCCAAGUUUACCUCACUGGACAGACAGGAAGAGUCCUUGGCCUGGUUUAUGAAGGGUGGAUCACAGACCCCCUUGGGUGGUCCGCUUCCUAAAUGGUUCUGUUGGAGUCACUGUGUCUGUCUGGUCAUCUUGGUUAUUUGUUGUUUAAUUUCCUCCUAUUUUACAAACCAGAGUAGUUUUUUUAAAAGUUCUCUAGAUGAUGGCAGGAUGGGCUUGGGCUUCCAACCUUUCCCCAAUGCUCAGCAAACUCCCUUAAGGAUUCAAGCAGGGUUUGCCUCCUAGGCUGGAGACAUAGACAAUAAGUGGUAAAAUAGCCUCUGCUUCCAUACUUCUUUUGUCCCACUUUUGCCUUUGAAGCAUUGCAAGAUCUCUUUGGACCACAGUGGGGCAAAAGUGUCCAUACAGCAGGCAAUGGAGCCUCAGUCAAAUCCUUUUCAACUCCUUUAAAGCUGUCUCCAGCCGUAGUCAUGCUGCCUUUUAGAGAUGUUCAACCAGAAGUGUCUUGCUCUUCCAAUUCUUUGAAAGAGAAGCGCACACAUCAUCCUAGGUUGAUCCUCUGUCCCCAGCUGCCAACUUCUCAAGGGAUAUUGCACAUGACAAACAGAACCAAGACUUCAAAGCAAAUUGUAGCUUUUAGUGAUGUUGCAAAUGGCCUAUCAGGGCAGAUGUUUCAUUGGUACUAUUUGCAGCUUUGGGUCAUGCCAGGACGUUACUUGUGUUAGGAAUCAGAUGCUGCUAUAGUGUAGCAACCUUACAGUCCUCAUGUGCUGGAGUCCUCAUCUCACAUGGUUUCAUAACCAAUCCACACAACCUCCAGAGCCAAUUGUGGGAUCAACACGAGUCAAAUGCAAUCUGUGUUGCUGCCUUUCUGGAUAGAGAGCAAUGCAGGAGCAAGGCAAACCACUAAGUUGCUCUGAGCAGCCGUGUGCUGGAAGAGCAGGAUUGAAGUAUUUUAAAUAAAACUACAUAUGUUGAUCUGCUUCUUCAGGAAGCCAGCAGCCCCUUGGGAUAUGGUCCAGUUGAUCUUUAAAGUUUCUCAGCUUUCCAUGGAGGCUUUGCCAACACUACCACCACCUCGUCUUUUACUAUCAAGUUGGCCUUUCAACUGCUGUACUAUAACAUCAGCUUUGUCAAUAGCAAUUGCUAUGCUUGCCUGAACUGCUGCUUCUCUUUCUCUCCACCCCCCCCCCCCCGCACUUUCCACUGUGACCACCGGCUACUCCCUCUUCCUCACCCUUUGUCCCAGGCAUAAAGAUCUUGUCUUGAGGCAGCUGCUUUAAGGGGCAAUGUGGGAGCUAGACUUGGCCCAUAAGUGCAGUUCAGUGGGAAGUUCUCCUGUCAGGAUCUGAACAGGAUCUCACUUGUGCAACUCUUUGGUGUGUCAGGUUUAUGCAGGAGAAUUUCUUGGUGCAUUUGUCUCCCCAUGCUAAUUAGCGGGUGGAGGACUGAGUGAGUGCCAUUUGGAUGUUCUGCUUUUGGGUCCCAAAUGUGUAAUGGAAGGACCUGUUCCAGGGUGCCUGUUUUGACUUGAGACUAGAAGCAGUGCAAAAGCUGGGUGUGCAUUCUCUGUAGUUUUGCCUGAAUGGCCUGAAAGCUGCUGACCUCAAGGACAGAAGAGAGAAUGAACCAUGAGCACAGCUUUCAGACCACUGCUGGUGAAAUAAGGUGACACUAUGGAGGCAGUGUGCGUGGCUGUAUUUCUGUUUCUGGCAUCCACAAAUGGAAGUUCUGCUUGCCAUAGGGCUAAAUUACAGAGCUUCCUUAAAUGGUCCAUUUUGAAUUCUGCUCCCUCCUUUCUACUGUCUGUUUUCAUUGAGCCUCACUACUUUCUUGAUAGUUCAGAGUGCUGCACUACAACAAGCAUUGAGCAGCAGCCUGUGUUGCUGUCGCUUUUUUCGCAUGCUGCGAAAUAAACACUAUUUUCCAUGAUUCCCACCUUUUGGAGCCUUCCUGCUGCACUUACUUCUGACGGCCAAAUUCUGGCGGAUUUCCCUUCUCUCCCCACCCCCGCCAGAACAUGUCUUUGAACUUCUCCAAAUUUGUGUUCUAUUUAUAAGUGCAUCUUUUUACUCUGUCUUUAUUAUUUUUAGGUUGCUUAUUUAUACAAGUCGUCUUGUGUGUGCUUUUAUGUUUCAGUUCUGGGGUUGCAGACAACACAAAGACUUUAAAAGAGAGGUGUGUGGCUUCAGGGACUGGUUGUGCCAGAAUCCCAGCAUGUACGCAUUCGGCCUGGUUUUCUUUUCUUACUUGCUUCUGCACCACAUGAACCCUGUAUGGCUGUUAAGCUUGUUGGAAGAACAGACAUGGAACAAAUCCCUUGUCAAAACCAAAGUGCAAGUGAAAACUCAAAAGCUUUCAGGCUAUCCAAUGAUGUAUACAGCCAGAGGUGGCCCUGCCCUGCCUACCUCACCUUGAGAAUUUUGGGUGCUCUUAAGUGUGACAGAGUGAGGGGGAAAGAACAGACAGAUCUGAUUUAUGGGGUACUGAGAAGUUCCUCCACAGCUCCUCUGAAAAAGCAGGAGCUGUGUGAAAGCACAGAUCUGAUCUUGUGCAGUUCUUGUUUUUCCAUGGCACUUGCACACAAAGAAUUCCAUGUGGUUAUAGCUGCAUGUUAAUGUAGAGGAAUGGUUCCCAUUGUUUGUUUUGUUUUGUUUUUGCCAUAAGCCCCAAAAUGUAAUUGAUUUGUGCUCUCUAUAUAGCCUGUGUUUCAAUAUGGGAGCUUAAAUUUGUAUUCACUGUGAAAAUAGAACAUAUCAUCUGUUUUCUUGGUAAUUUAAAAUCUUGAAGCAUGACCACUUUGAAAUCCAGCUAGGAUUGGGUCCUGGGCCAAGUUUGCGUCAUCCUUCUUUUAUAACCCCUUGGUUUCUCCAAAGGAGAUUCAGUGGGUCAGGGGUUGAUCUGCAGCUGGCCCAAAUCACAACGGAAUGAAAAAGGGAAAGUGAUGGAAUUGAGUCACAGCAGCAGGCCAUGGUCUUUGGUGUUCAGCCUCCCCCAAAUUCUCUCUGCCAUUGAGCAUGACAGGACGAGUGUUCUUUCUAUCAAGGGGGCCUUAUUUAAAUGCAAUUAUGUCUUACAUAUGUAAAAUUAUUUCCACCUGAGAUCCUCUCUUUAUGUAUUAACAUUCAACUGAAAUGGCCAGUUUUCGUCUAGGCCUCAGGCACUUUUGUUUGUCCUUGUUUUGAAGCUGAUGUGAUAAAGGAAUGAAAGUCUAAAUAAAGCGGUGCUGCUUGUC